GUUUGUUUCAAAAACCGCGCCCAAAUAUUCACACGCGCAUUCUCCAGUGUGAGUGGCAAUAUCAAUAUUCACGCUCCAAGAAAUCGAAAGGACAUGGCAGACCCACGUGUACGCACAUUGAAAAUCAAGACGGGCAUUGUCAAACGGUUGACAAAAGAAAAAAUAUCAUAUGAGGUAGAGUCUGAACAGCAGAAGAAACGAAUUGAGCGCAUGAAAACUGAAGGCAAGGAUGACUAUGACAUCAAGAAGCAGGAGGAAGUGCUCCAGGAAUCAAUGAUGAUGGUGCCUGACUGUCAGAAGAAGCUCGCGCCCGCUGUCACUGAACUUCAGAAAAUUCUGGACGAGGAGGGCGACAUGGUAGAACUGGAGGAGUAUCAGCAGGCUGUGACUAUUGUCGAGGACGCCAAGAAACAUCUGGCCGUGUAGGGCGUUCGGCCCGCCGCCCAGUGCCUUGCGCGUUCACCUCUUGUUACACUCGUCAUUCCGAAAUAAUCGUCGUUAAUUUAAGUGAUUUGGUGUGUGAGUUGUCAAUAGUUUAGUGACUAAGUCGUCUGAUUUCUCGCGCACUAACGAGGUUCGAGUCAUGUGGCAUCAGAGGCCACCUCCGCGGCCACCUGGUGGAUACUCCGUGCCAUCUAGCGGUGUGUUUAACAUUCAAAACUUCAGCCGUCCACCGCCGGGGCUGGCCGCGCCCCGACCGCCCGGGCCCGGACUCGGGCCGUCGGUACCUCCCGGAGUUGGGCCCGCGCCCAGUUUUCGACCGUCAUUCCCUCCCCCGCCUUCAAUGCCGGCUGCGGCAGGCUCCGGCCCUGUUCCAUUUGGAGCUCCGCCAGACCGGUCCAUUCCUCCGCUGGACCGGUCUAUGCCCCCGCCGGGCCGGUCAAUGCCUCUGCCGGGGUUUGGAGCCGGAGAGCCGCGCCCGCCGCGACUCCCCACAGCUGCCCUCUUGCCGUCCGGUGUCGGCAGACCGCCGGUUCCAUCCGCACCACCCCGCCCUGGUCUGUUGGCGCCACCCGGCCGCGAACAGCCUCCCUCGGCCGUGGGAGGUCCACCGCAGGUGACCGCCCUACCGCCCGGUCCACCGGCGGCGGCACACGGGCCUGUCCCCUCCCCGGCCCUCCCCGGCAGCGGGGCGAUGGGGGAGCGUGGUACAGAGGCUGGUAGUAGCCGUGGAGCGAUGAAUUCUGCUACGGAACGCUGGUUGGCGGCCUGGGCCGAGCGGAGCGGUGUCGCGGCUAGAUGCUCUGAGGAGGCAGCGAAAAAGAAGACAUCGAAAACGGUAAACUUGAGCAGCCUCCAGGCGCUAUCUGAGGCAGAACUGGCGCGACCGGAGACGGCGGCACAGCUGCGGCGAUUGGUGGCGCAGCGGCGCCGCCGACGGUCAGCUGAUCGUAGGCGGCGGCAGGCGGAGCGGCAGCGACUGCAGAGGAAGCACGCUGAUAUCGACGCCUGGCAGGCGGCCAUCCAGCGGCGAGCCGCCCGUGAAAAGGAGGAGGAGGAGAUGAAACGGGAGGCGGACAAGGUUCUGGCCGAGGUGCGCAGGAAAAUCAGCGACGUCGAAAAACAACUCGAGACGUUGGACGAGCUGCGCACCCUGCGAGAGGUGCGUGACCUGAAGGCGCGCGCGGCGGGCCUGUUCAGCAGCGCCGCCUCCGACCAGCGGUUCGCAGAGGUGACGGCUCGUCUGACAGACCUGCUGGACCGCCACCUGCAGACCUACGAGACGGAGCUGCGCGCGCUGCAGGCCAUGACGGCCGGCCCGCGGCCGCCGCCGCCUCCGCCACCGGCCGCCGGCGGUCCGCUGUCGGUCCUCAGGGCGCUGUUCGGAGCGGCUGGUGUGAGUCCGGCCGCCGCUGCCGCCGCCGCCGGCGGGGGGAGCCAAUCGGAGGAGACCGACCACCGGAUACACAUGGUCGACUGGGAGGCCGACCCGCAGACGCUGCUUAAUAUCAGGUCUGACUGGGACCGGUACCUGGUCGGACCGGAGGACCCGCUCGGCUCGGCUGUGCCCCCCGCCUGGGUGACGCCGGCACCGCCCAGCGGCGACAUCUGGGCCGGCUGCCUCGCCGCGUGACGAACUGAACCGUCCUGCCGCCGCCACAGUCGUCGCGUUUUGUCUCAGACUCCGCAGGCUACCGUACCUCCUCGCCUGUCGCUGAUUCCUUCGAGUCUGCCAUCACCACCGACGGUAUCGCAACCACCAGCGUUACUGUCGCCGGGACGGCCUCUCGCCAUCUCCUCUCCCUGCGUAGAUACUGACUGCGGCUUGUUGGAACAGGCGAUUAUCACAACUGUUUUCGAUUAUUUGCAAAUAAGACACAUUUCUUGAUAACACCGUUACGACGAUACUUACAUUUGGUUAGGCAUGGGCUGUGUAUGCAUCAUUGUUCAUUUGCGACGGUCAAUGAUAAUAAAAUGUUCUUUAACACA